AACUUGUCGAUGAUUAAUAGCAACUUGCACCCGUUCCUGCGGCCUAUGCAUUACCCAAGGUCCCGCGACUGCGCUCAUGUUGCCUCAACGACCACUCUCCUCUCCUCAUUUCUCACAACUCUCACCCAAAGAUUGUUGACAGCCUCAGAUGUCUCGAUAACAUGAUGCCCUUAACGCUACGAGUCUUGGGUCUACAAUCGCUCCUCACGACUCUACUUUUCACAGGUCUUCUUCCGUGGACCACAAUACUGGUCCAGGCGCAGAAAGACAAAUUCGCUCUGGAUCCGGUCAAAAACUUUUGCUCCCGAUAUUUCUCACAGUCCGUGGUCAAAGAUGAUAUGCUAUACAUUGAUAGCGGGAUACAGAAAUGGAAUGGGCCUGAUAUCAAGACUGAUGCCGAAAAUCCCGUAUUUGGUAUCAAUAACUACAUUCUCAAGGUCCCAAUGAAAACCAGCUGGGAUUGGAAGACAGACAUGGUCAUUAUCGCCGAGCCGAAAAAUGAAACCAGCCCUACGACUGGAACUUUACCUCCAAGCCUGAUGCAUGGCCAUAUAUUUCAUGGCCCGCCAAACAAUUCACAGAUAUACAUAUACGGUGGCACAACAUACAUGGGUAAUCGGUCGUUCCCGUCUUUUACCAAUCCAUUAUCUUCAACAUAUUCAUUAUGGACAUAUGACGACAAAGCCGCGGGAUAUCCUUGGGAACAACAUGACAUCUCUCAACCAUGGAAGGCGAAUCAUGGGGCAGCUGCUGAAGCCAUCGAUCAAGGUCUAGGGUUUUAUCUUAACGGUCAGAUCGACUGGGGCACAUCAGUGAAAACACUAGGAGGUCCAGAAGAGGAGGCUUUAUACAUGCCAUUGGAAGGUAUGCUCAUCAUUGAUCUGGUAAAAAGCACUUCUGUCAAUAUAAGUACCCGUGGACUGCAGGGAGAUGCUCCCAGAGUUGGGGGCACCAUGGAAUACAUUGCGCCAAUUGGCGCUGCCGGAAUUCUCAUCGCUCUCGGUGGGCAGGUGAAUCCAGAUAAGCCCUUCGCAAAUUCGUCCGAAGGCGCAUUGAUAGAUUUUGGCAAAGUUGACAUUUUCGACAUUGAUUCGUACCUCAAGGCGCCAGGGACCAAUGGUAAAUGGUACCAGCAAGAAACCAUAGGCGAUAUACCACCAGCCCGUGCGGAUUUCUGCUCUGUCAUCAUGUCGGCGCCAGACAAUUCGAGUCACCACAUUUACGUUUACGGCGGCUUGGAUCCGACAAGUGGCAUAGGUUAUGAUGAUGUCCAUGUCUUGACGAUUCCAUCCUUUCAGUGGACGACAAUCUACAACGAUGGCGGCUCACCACGUUUUGGCCACAAAUGUCACAUAGUAGGCAAGCGACAGAUGAUAACAGUGGGGGGACUGAUAACAAACUCGGGGCAAUGCGACUGGGAGGAGAAAGGCGUCGCAUUCUACGAUUUGACCACCACCAGAUGGGGCUCUGUCUUCACUCCCGACACUACUGCUUACGGGGUUCCCCAACAAGCUCUGCAGGCCACCGGCGGGAAGUCACAGGGCGGCGCCACAGUUCGUGAACCCGUCAUGGGCUGGACGGACACAGCUCUUAAGAGUGUAUUCGAUACGCCUCGUGGAGCUUCCAAAGGCUCAGGGGGGUCAAAAUCAGACGGUGAUGAGACGCCUGGAAUCAAUAUUGUUGCAAUUGCUGGUGGCGCAGGUGGGGGUUUUGCGCUCGUGCUCCUUGCAGCGAUGCUCCUUAUCUGGCAGCGCAGACGUGACGCCGCAGCAAAAACGGGACCGCAAGAACUCGAGAAUAGUGAACGUAGCAUCCCCCCUUCUUCUCCCUCUCCUCCACCGUCCAUCGAGUCCGACCCCGAGAAAGAAAGGUAUGAACUCCAGGGUAUCAUCGGCAACGUUCCGGUUGAGCUUCCAGGUCCGGAACACAUGGAUCGCAAAUCAGCAGUCGGCCCUAAAUCAAUAUAUGAAGCAGACUGGAUGACGGCCACAAAAGCGGUUGAGCUAUCGAGCGACGCAUUGGCCGCUGGAGGCGUUGCAGGUAUUCCUCUCCUGCGACUUCCUGGAAACGACUCUCUAAUGUCACCAUUCUACUUUCACGGGCCUGCCUCACCAUUACCGGACCCUACCAGCCCACCUCCAGAAUACUCUGAUCGUUACCAUCAGGAGUCGUCUUCCACUUCACACCCGCAGCAAGAAGGACGUCCGCUUCGGUAUCCAGUGGAGAAAGAACAGGUGAUUCCGCCAUCUAAUCCUCGAAGUAGAGACGGAACCUACGAGGAACAAGAGACAACCUGGAUAUGAUAGACGUGAAAUCUUCCCUCCUUCCCUUGGUCGAGUGGGUGAUGACGCACCACCGACUAGGAUAGACCUACAGCAACACGCGCCACCAGGGUUAGGGUUACAUGCCUCAGCUACAGCAAAGCUUGAACCCGCCCUUUCGCUUUUCCGCCUCCGGAUUAACUACUGUAUAUCACAAAAGACAAUACGGCUUC